AUGGAGGAAAUUAUGAGUAAAUUGAUAGCGGAGAGAGCGGAAGCUAGAGGUAGGGCGGAGGAAUGUAGAGCGCUGGCUAGUGUGAGUAGUAAGGUGGUACAGCCUGUGAAACAAAAGGUGGAAGUGAAGACAUUUGCGGUAGCAGUAAAGAGUGAUAAAGUAGAGAAAGUAGAAGAGAUAAUGAAGAAGGUAGACGAAAUGAGUAGGGAUUUGAAGACGGUGAGUGUAAGGACGGUAAGAAAGAUAAAAGACGGAGUAGUUAUAGAGGCAGCAACUCAAGAAGAUGCUAAAAAUAUAAGGACGAAUAUUAAAGGAAAGAAUUUGAAAAUAGCGGAGGCUAUGAAAAUUAAUCCAAAAAUAAUAGUAUUUGAUGUGCCGAAAGAAGUUACUGAUGCGGAAUUAUUGGAAGAUUUAUAUAAUAAAAAUGGAAUGUCGAGGGUAACGGUGAAAGAUUUUAAUAAUUGGGUUAAAGUAGAUGGUCGGAAGAAAAUGAGGCAUGAUUUGGAUAAUGUAUUAUUAAGUCUGAAUGAAGAGAUUGCGGAGUACUGGAUAGGAAAAGGAUAUGUAUAUAUAGGAUGGAGGUCUUGUAAAGUGAAGGAGGUAGAUAUUGUCAAGAGAUGCUUCAAAUGUUGCAGUGUGCAUCAUAGGGCGGAUCAGUGUAAGGAAAGAGGGUAUGUUUGCAGAAAGUGUGGCGAAAGUUCACACGAUGCGAGGAUUUGUAGAAAUAGAAUGAAAUGUAAAUCAUGUCUUGAAAAAACAGGGAAAGAACUGGCGCAUGCAACGGAUUCUGGAGAUUGUCCAGAAUAUAAGCGCAAGCUGGAAUAUUUGAAGAAUAGAGAGAUGUUUGAUGUUUAG